GACGCCAGUUGAUAAAUUUUCAUAAAAAUUUUAGUACGUUUACUCGAAAAGUCGGUUUUAUUUAUGUGUUUUAUUGUACGUUUACAUAUUACGUUUUAAUUUACACUUACAAAUGAUUUGCUUUAACGUUAUAUGUAGAUUUAUCACGCAUAAUUCUAACGAUUGCAUAGAUAUGCGUCUUUUAUCGUUUUGCAUGUGCGUGAAAGAUAUGUCACUUUAUUAAAGUACGUAGAUUUGUAGCUGUUUUGACAAUGUAAAACUGAAUGAGUGGGUACUUUAACUUUGUAAUUUUACAUUUUAUAUAUAACGACACAGACUGUAAUGAAACGAACAAUAGUGUAGUGUCGGUUAGUUAAUUUUUGACAGCCGGCAGGCUCGUCAUAGGUGACUUACUAUUGGCUUCCUAUAAAAAUGAACAGUCGCAGUAGUGUAAAUGAAACGAAUUUGGUGAAUUUUUGCGGCUCUACGGCAGAUUUAACGACAUUAAAUCCAUUGGACACAAAAGAUAGCCUACUGACAUUUCCCUUUGAUCAUUUAUAUGCAUGCCAUUCCGAAGGUUCAGAAAGAAGGCAAUCCCUUCAACUCGAAAAGGAGGUGGAGAUUUCUACUCACUGUGUCGUUCCUGAAGAAAAGGACGUGACAGUUAAUACAAAUCCAGACCCUAGUUCUCUCACAGAGAAGUUGGCUGCUGUAGAGAAAGAAAACAAGAGACUAAGGGAAUUGCUUGUUUUUCAUCUAGACCUUAUACAACAACAAAACGAUGUAAUUACCAACAGGGACAAGUUCCUUCAGCUUUUAAAACAAGAAAAUGAUACACUCAAAGCUAGAGUAAAUAGAAGACUACUGACCCACAAACAUAGCAUAAAUCCUGCUCCUCUACUGCCUGUACCACCACCAAAUGUUACAUCCACUGUUGUCAAGACAGAACCAGGGUCAAGUUCUCAGAUAAUGUUAAAUAGUUUUCCCGAUCUUCUGUUGCCUGAUAAUAGAGCAAAUACAUUUUUAUUUGAAAGUGACGUUAAUAAGUCUAAACCAUUUGGUCAAGAUAAAUGUACGGUUCCUAAAACUACAGAAACAGAAGUACCAAGUUUCUUACCGCAUGACUUAAGUGUCCCAUCUAUUUUGGACAAUAAGUUAAAGUCUGACAAUUUCACAAUGAUUGAAAGUAAACGUACGCCCGUAGAAAAGGAAAUUAAGACUGAAACUCGUCCAGAGCCUAUGUACACUGUUACUUCAACCAGUGGCAAUCCUGUUAUUCAGAGGAUACAAAGGAACAGAAGACGGCCUUCCGGUAUAGGUUGUUUGAGUCGAAUGUCAAGAACUCCAGCAAAGACAGAAACGCCGGAUAAUAGUAAAACAGACGACGAAUUCAGUUUAAAUAAAAAGUCAAAAAUGAUCAAUACAUAUGGUAAGAGUAAACCAACUAUUCCAAAGAAGACUACACAGUUCACUGGAUCCCUUUCAGACAGACUUCAGUUAAUAGAUACCACUCCCACAGGGGAAGAUCCUUAUUUACUGGGUGAAGCUGAUAUGAGAGAGCAAUCUCCUAUACCUAAGUUAAUGUUACAGAAGUCAAAUCAUAGGAAAAUAUAUUCAGACCCCAAGGGGGAUAACACGACUCCAUCUCGACGCAUUUAUGAUUCAAAUCCAAAUGAUGGGAACAGUAAAGGGAUAAAUAAAAUGAAGAUUGAUAGAUUUAAUUUUUUGGACCCCUAUGUGAGCCAAAAGGAUACAAUAAAAAAGGAAACACCGAAGAGUUUAACGAAGAGUUUGGCGGUGGAUAAACCAGAUUUAAAAAUUGUAAAAAGAGAGCCGCGGGUAGACUGGGAUGUGUAUUCAAAGAAACCAAGAAAUGAAAAAAGUUUAUGUGAUUUUUCCUAUGGAGAGAAUGCAGAUAAUUUAGCGUCUCAAAUUUUGCCAAAUUUUGGGGAAGUAGAAUUACAAGAGUUCUUCACGCCUGCGUUUCCUAUAGAUGGUUUAAAUACUGUACAAUACUCAGCAGUCGACAAGAGCGCAGGCGAUAAGUCUAAGAAAAGUGUAACUCAAACAGCUAGUUUAAUAGGAACUAAUAUUGCGGGCGAUGACUGUCUGGAAAAUAAGGGAAUGAACGAUAGUAAACGUGGUAGAAAACGAGCACUUUCCACUACUGGGCUGGUGAAAAACAUUAAACGUGAAAACAGUCAAAAAGAAAUUCCUGCUAAACCUAAAUUAAUUAAAGGAAAAGAUGACUCCCAAAAUGAUCUUUGCUAUAAACAUCUUUCAGCUGCUUGUCGUGGUAAGAAGUCGCCAUUACCUGGAAUGGUGACUAAUAAGCCUUAUCAUACGCUAGUGGGUGAUCCCGAUUUGUCAUGGUAUUAUCGGCUUGACCCACACAUAAAAUUAGAAGACAUAGAUUCGCCUUCCGAUAACAAAGUAUCAACAGUUGAGGUUCCACGGUGGCGGGAAAAACCUUACACCAGUUGUUAUACACUCGAAGGUACAGAAAAUUUAGAUGACAAGGUGUUUGAAAAACGUCAUCAAAAAUUAGAAGCUGAAGAAAGGCGACAAUUAAGGUGGCACAUGCGCCGAAUUCGGGAGCAAAGACACGUAGAGCGCCUUCGACAGCGUCAAAGGGAUACAUGGGGCUCAUCGUCUCACCACCAGCCUUCUGUUUUCACAGUAUGGCCGCAACCCCAGCGCGACGUACGGUUUAUAGAAAUCACUGAUACGCUACCCGUGAUGGCUUUUGGAGAAAUUGUCCCGGCCCUUCCCGACUCGGAUUUCAUGUUACCAUGGGUGAGGAUUUCCAAAGCAUUGAAGAGGUCUAAAAGAUCGAAAACACUGCAUUAAGGUGUUUGAUACUAAAGUGAGUUAAAUUUCUUAAACGGUCAAAGAUAAAAAACCUGUGUAUUUCUAAACUAAGUGUACGUUAUUGUUCUGAGUAUUAUCCUUUAUAGUCGUGGACAAUCCUUUGUUUGACGUCGAGAUUAAAAUAAAUGAAGUGCUUGUGAGUUCAAAUGUGAAUGACGCUGUAAAUAUUAUUAGUGUCGUUUCUGUAGAUUCUAUAAUAUGAUUUUGACUUUUAUUUGACCGGAAGUACUUCUCUUAUUCCGCCAGACGAAGAGAUAUUUAGCGUCUGUGUGUGCUCUCUAAAUUUUUUGUUUAUGAUACUUGUUUGUUUACUGUAAAUAUUUUUAAUUAUUAUUAUAACAUUUAUGAUCGACUGAAAAUUGUAAAUAUCGAAACAGUGUAAUAGGAAAUUAUUAAGGAUAUAUAACAUUUGUUGUUUUUUCUGCAUUCAUGUUAGAAUAGUUAGAAAAAGUAUGAAUGUCCGAGGGCCAGAUAAUAUAAUUAUGUAAUCCUCCAAAAAUAAUUGUAUAAUAUUCCAAUGUGACAUGUAGGACUAAUUAAUAUAAUAAAUAAUAUUAAAAAUGUCGGUAUUAUGAUGUAAGGUUCAUAGACGUAAUUUACUUAUUGACAACAGUCGACGCAGUUCUAAAAGCACAAGAAAUCCUCUUAAUCUUCCUAUGAAAAUAAGUACUUUUUAAUGUCGGCACCAAAGAAUCAAUUUAGAAGAUAGAAUCGAUUUUAUUAAAUUACCUCCAAAUAAAUGUAUUUUCCUGGCUUUAUCUUCUUACGUUCUAAUUUUUUAUUUCAUGUCCAUAAGCUAUAAAUCAUGUAUGACCACAAAUUAUUAUGUCUUACUGUUUCUUAGACUGUUAUUCACAAAACGGUACAGCGCUGCAUCGUCGUGUCGUGUGUAAAGUUAACAUUAAAUACAAUUUUUUAAACCGUUGUAUUCUGUAGUUCUAUUCUAGUCUUUGCAUAUGAUGUGGCACCGCACCGUUGUGUAUGUUAAUAGUAUAUUACAAUAUAAGUGCGUUAUGAUGGC